GCAGGCAGCUCACUGGCCCAGGAUUAAGUGGGAUCGGGGGAGAUUACAGCCCUCUCUUUCUCUCUCUCUCCCUCUCUAUCUCUCUCCCCCUCUCUCUCUUGUUUCAUGCAGCUCGAUGAAAGUGAAGUGCUUCGUCCAGUCUCCGGGGAAUAGAUUUUCCCCAUCAUAUACACAUUUUCCUGCAGGUAUUGCUGCUAAAACCCUCCGGAGUUGCAGGAUAUACGCUUGUGGCAUCCUUGAUUCUGAUACAGCCAUAAAGGUUUCUCCAGUCCGUUUAAGCAGUCAGCUGGAAGGGGGGAAGGGGGCAAAGGUCAGGGGAGUCCCGGGACCAUGAGGCAGGCGGUGGAGGCUCAGGUGUUGAGCCCGCACUGUGAGCUAGGAGAACACGGCCUUCGUCAGAUCCUGACCGAUGUGAUCACAGAGGUGAGGAAGUCGGUGAACCAGGACGUUGACGGAGCUGAGAUCCUCCACGGGCUCCUAAACGCCUCCUGGCUGCAGUCGCUGCUCAAGGUUUACGAGUGUCUUCAAACGUAUCUCAGGGACGCCCCAGCCCCAGCUCUGGACUACGCCUCAGGACUUUCCCUUCAAGUUCUGAUUGACAUCAGAGCGCUCGGAUGCUCUGAAGACACCAGAGCUUCCCGCCUCCUGAGACAGCCGCACCUGCAGGCUCUUCUCUCAGCUCACGAUACGGUGGCCCAGAAGGACUACGAGCCAGUGCUGCCACCGAUGCCAGAGGAGCUGCCGGACGACGAGGAGGCCACCAGGAUCAUCUGCCUGGUCAAGAACAAACAGCCUCUGGGAGCAACUAUAAAAAGAAACAAGAUCUCGGGGGAGAUUUUUAUUGCUCGGGUGAUUCACGGAGGGCUGGCUGAUCGAAGUGGUCUGCUCCAUGCAGGGGACAGAAUCAUAGAGGUGAAUGGUUUUCCUGUUUAUGGGAUGGAACCUGAGCAAGUCAUCCAAGUUGUGCAAGCGAGGUCUCAAGGCACCAUCAUGUUUAAGGUGGUUCCCAUCACAGAGAGGCAGGUCCACAACCAGACAAUGCUGUAUGUGCGGACCAUGGUUGACUACAGCCCCCACGAGGACCCGGCCAUCCCCUGUGCCGACGCCGGUAUGAGCUUUAGAAAAGGUGACGUCCUGGAGAUUGUGGACCAGACGGACGCCCUCUGGUGGCAGGCCAAGAAACUGCCCAGCACCACGGCCUGCGCCGGCCUCAUCCCCUCCACCAACCUGCUGAAACGAAAGCAGAGGGAGUUCUGGUGGUCUCAGCCUUAUCAGCCACACGCCUGCACCCUGACCUUGAGCACGGUAGAGGAAGAGGAAGACAUGAUGGCCAUUGAUGACAGAUGUGUAGAAGCAGAUGAGGAGGCAUUUGAAUCUGAGGAGCUCCGAGAAGAGGAGGACGACUUCAGCAGCAACGUAGAAGGGAUCUACUUAGUGGGCUUCAGGCGCAGCAUGCGUCUGUGUCGGCGGCGUUCUCACAGCACCAUCCGCACGUCCUGCUGCACCCGCUGCCCCACCAGCAGCUACGACGCCCUCAACUGCCCCUACGAGGAGGUGGUGCGCUACCAGCGCCACCCGCAGGACGCACACCGCCUCAUCGCCCUCUUAGGUCCGUCCAGUGUGGGUGUCAAUGAACUUCGGAGGCGCUUAAUUGAAAUGAACCCCAACAUCUUCCAGGGACCUGUACCUCACACCACGAGACCACCAAAAGGAUACGAGGAGUCUGGCAGGGAAUAUCACUUCACCAGCCGGGAAAUCUUCGACAACAUGGCGUAUAACAACAGGUUUUUGGAGUACGGGGAGUACAAAGGGAACCUGUACGGCACAAGCAUCGCGUCUGUGAGGGAGGUUUUAAACAGCGGGAAGAUCUGCGUCAUCGACAUCGAGCCCAACUCCAUCCAGGCGGUGCGGAGCCACGAGCUGCGGGCCUACAUCAUCUACGUGAAGCCGCCCCCCCCGGAGCGCCUCAAGGAGACCCGGCGGGACUCGUACAUCACCACCAACUACUACGUCGACCGGCCGUUCAAAGAUGAAGACUUCCAGGAGAUGGAAGAAGCCGCCCGCAAAAUGGAGUCCAACUUCUGUCAGUUCUUCGACCAUGUGAUCGUCAACGACGACCAACAGGAUUCCUGCGUCCAGCUGCUGGCAGCAGCCAGGAAGGCCCAGGACGAGCCGCAGUGGGUCCCCGCCAGCUGGAUACGCCCCCCCGCCGAGUCCUAAGGCCAGGAAGAAUGGGACCCAGUAUUAUCAUGGCAGCAGCUCCUUUUUCUUUUGAUUUGACAGAUUCCUCGCUGUAAAUCUUAACAUGUAAAUCAGUGUCCAGGGGGGGUAGGGCAUGAAAGAUAUCUGACUAUUUUGAUCUUCUUCUUACUUGUGUGCUUGAUCUGCAGCGGUGGAAUGUAAUUAAGUAAAGUUACUCCAGUACUGUACUUAAGUACAAAUGUUGAGGUACUUGUACUUGUAACUUGUACUUUACUUUUCAUGCCACUUUCUACUUCUACUCUGCUACAUCUCAGAGAGAAACACUGUACUUUAGUUACUCCACUACAUUCAUCUGACAGCUUUAUUUACUAGUUACUUUAGUUACUACUUACUUUACACAUUAAGAUACCUGCACACAAAACACAUGUGGUUUAUAGAAUCUGAUGUUUUAUUAUAAAGUAACCUAGCAACAAUAUAACGGCCUAGAGGUCCAGCUGAAAUGAUGAGACCAUUAAAGACACAGCUGGUUGGAUCCGUUUUUAUGCUUUUGAAGCUUUUUGUUGAUUUCUGAUUUUUUUUCUUUUAUUAGUUACUUUUACUUAUAAUAUUUUAACUACAUCUUUCAGAUGACACUUACAGACUUUUGCUUAAGUUACAGGACUUUUACUUCACAGUAUUUUUACAGUGUGGUAUUAGUACUUUUACUGAAGUAAAGGAUCGAAAUACUUUUUCCACCUUCUUCCACCAGUGUUGAUCUGGAUAUAAAGUCUCUAAAGAUAAAGAUAGAGCUGGAGCCCAAAGAUGAAAAUCCUGGAAUU